GUGACGUCCUGACGCACAUCAGCUGUUGGCAGAGGCGACCUCCAGCACCAGUUCUCUAGUGGUGUGGUUCCCCUGUUCAGCGCCUGCCCCGUCUCUGUGAUUUAAGGGGAGGAUUCUCAAGCACAUGCCGUUUAUCGAGCGCUGUUGUCGGGAUCUGAUGUUGCCAUGAGUGCCCUGUGUAGGCUCGCUCAGAGGGGGCUUCUGUUCACCGGCUGGUCGUGUCGUUUUCCUCCCGGGGUUCGCGCAAUCAGUUCAGCCAGUGCGGUGAACUUGUCCUAUGAUGUCUUUGAUGGGAAGAAUGACGACACUCCCUUGGUGUUUCUUCAUGGACUGUUUGGCAGCAAGUCCAACUUCCACUCCAUUGCAAAGUCUCUGGUGCAGAGGACAGGUCGAAAGGUGCUGACAGUUGAUGCCCGUAACCAUGGGACCAGCCCCCACUGCCCAGAGCUCACGUAUGAGAUAAUGAGUGCAGACCUGAAGCUCCUCCUGUCCCAACUGAGAAUCGACCGCUGCGUCCUGAUUGGCCACAGCAUGGGAGGCAAGACCGCCAUGACGACCGCACUGACCCAGCCAAGUUUGGUGGAGAGGUUGGUGGUGGUGGACAUCAGCCCGUCUCAGAGUGCCACUCGCACAAACUUCAGGUUCUACAUCCAGGCCAUGCAGGCUGUCCAGAUCUCCUCAGACAUCCCACGCUCCACAGCACGCAGGAUGGCAGAGGACCAGCUCCGCACCUCUGUCAAGGAACACUCGGUGCGUCAGUUUCUGCUCACAAACUUGAUUGAGCUGAACGGACACUACGCUUGGAGAGUGAAUUUGGACGCCAUUUCAGCCCACCUCGAGACCCUCCUGAGUUUCCCUCAUUUUGAAAUGCCCUACGAGGGACCCACACUGUUCUUGGGAGGGGCCAGCUCUGCCUACAUCAGCUCUGAUGAUUACCCAGAGAUCCAGCGCUUGUUUCCAUAUGCUGACAUCCAGUACAUCCCGGAUGCCAGCCACUGGAUCCAUGCCGACAAACCUCUGGACUUCAUCAGCUCCAUCAUCUCCUUUCUACAGUCUUAGUAACCACUUCUAUUCGUACUGUAACUACUGCUACUACUACUGCUACUACCACACAACUAUAUCAGCAUCUUAGAGAAAACGUCUCUAAGAGAUGGGUCUAGUUUAUGUUACUGCAGUCUAUCUAUGCUGGACCAAAACUUUUAACUUCAUCUAUUAUUUUAGCUAUGUAAAACACUGUACUGUUCAAUUUUGUAAAAUAGUUUUAACAUUGAGUGAUGUUUCUUGAGUAGUUAGAUCUAUAACAUUUAAAUUUGUACAUUGGUAGAGUGGCAAUCGUGUAGAAUAAUAUUGUUUAGGUGGUGAUACACUAAUCCAAAGACUGUAAAGUACUGUUACGAUUAAAGCUAGAUUACAAUGGCUCAAUUAUAUGGCUUAUGGUUUGAAAAGGUAAAAGAUGUAUUCAUUUGUAACUAAAAACCUUUGGGGAACACACAUAAAACUGUUUAUAUAUAAAAGCACAUCUGGCGCUGUGAUUGGUGGGUUUAAACUUGGCCAGUGCUGCAAUAUAUUUUGUGCAGUUUGCUGUAUUUAAGCUGAUGGUCCAUAUUUCUAAUGUUUACAUUCAUUCAGUUGCAGCUCCUGUGAUGAAGUUUUAAUUGUAUGCAUUUUAUGGUAAAGCUAACAGUUGACAUGGUGACAGCAGUGGUGUUGUUGUUGCUGUACAUUUAGUUUCCUGAUGUUUCUCAGGUAACAAAUGGAUCUGACUGUAAUCUUAUUACUUAUACAAGCACAUGUCAAUAAAUUAGAAUAUUGUGGGAAGUCCAAUUGAUUUCUUCAGUUACUGUGAUUUAGUAUACAAAGCAAAAUAUUUCAUGUACUCUUUUUAUUCAAACUUUUGUUGUAUUGUCAAUUAGGGUAUAUUAAUUAUUGUUGAUGUGAUUAUGCUGUAGUUUCCCCCAACUCCUCCCUCUACAUUGACAGAAAGUGCUCAGUGACUUGUUUUAUUAUGUGAAGUGUAAUAUUUUUAAAUGAAUUGGAUAAUAGGAAUGCAACAAAACUGUAUUGAGAAAAGUGCAAGCGCUAAUGUCUAAAUGAAUUGUUUUGUUGCAGUGGCACACUAAAGAAGUAUAGUCACACGAAUACAAUGAUAAUACUGUACAGUGAACAUUUUAUAUCAAAGUAUCUGUAUAAAUAGCAUAUUCCUAAUGUAAGUGUCGCAGUUCUAAAAAUCUCAAAAUCUUAUUAGAAUUGUGAGUGAAUAUUAUAUGCUAUGUACUAAAUCUAUACAUAUAAAUAUUUCAUAAUUGUCUACUACAUUUUACAUUUCUAAUCACUCACAUGGUUUCCACAUUUUUCUAAUUUAUUGACCUGCACUGAUAUUUCCCUGUCUGUUCAGCAAUGUGCCCUUAUAAUGUCUUUGUAUCCAGUUGGUCUCUUCAUGUUGUUGAAUAUCAAAAUAUCCGUACCUGUAAUGUCUGUAAUUUAACAGCAAGUAUUAUAUGGCUCUUGUAUAAAUAUAUGCUGCAACUUAUUCAUUCUUGUCUAGAUGUAGUUGUGAAAAUAUCAUUGUUUCUUUGUGGAUUUGGGAAGACCAGUGGUAAACUGCCAAUUGUCUUGACCAGGGUGUUGUUGAUGUGUAUGUGCCUCUUCGGUCUAGAUCUUAAAUUUAUAUAAAACUUGAUAUAUACACUUUUAUCAUAUAAGUAUAGACUUUAUAAUGGCAGCUGGGUUGCCAAGUUUGACAAUUCCCAGCACAUGUAGACGGCAAUCAGUUUUUAAAUACUGAGAUCAGAAAGCUAUUAUUACACAAUGAGAUAUAACUAAGAGCUAUAUAUAUAUUAAUAUUCAAUAUUAAAGUGUCAUGUCUUUCAGUGUGAGCAAUGGAUUUCCUGUACAAGUAGAGUAAAUAAUAUGGAGGUGUAUGCACUGACGGUAUUCAAUAAAUUGUAUUAAAGUA